AUGAGGAGGUUAGACUAUGGUUUCACUGGCUACCAGGUUCCUGUAGUUCCUCGAGCUUCAAGAUCAUCUAGGGGGAGGGGACGAAUCAGAAAGAAAUGUGAGGAUAAUCAGAUACAAGGAUUUGGAAUUUUAUCUAGUGUAGCCGGCAAUUUAUUGCAGGGGAGUGAAAGCUCGGUCCCAACCAAUGCUGCUUGUGUACAGGAUUUGCAUCACAUUGUUUAUGCUAACUCUAAUAGAGAGAGAGAGGCUGAAGGUAUAUCAUUGAAGGAAGACUCCUGUCUGCAGGGAAAUUGUGAUGAGAAAUUCUUUGCCUUCCUGCCUGGUUUGCAGGGACACCAUAAAAGCUACAAAUUGAAUGAAUUUUGCCAUGGUCAGAACAACCUUAUUCUUGAGGUUGGUUCUGCAUCAGGUGUCUAUGACCAAUCAGAGAUGAUAUUUUUUGCUAAGAAGCUGGCUGCUGUUAACAGCAGAAAUAAUUGUGGAUCUUCCUCAAACAGUGUAAUUGGUGACUCCCCUUGUUUUGGGGAAUUCUUCAAAGAUAAAGUUGGAGGUGUGCUUGAAGGGAAAUUAGGAGAUAAAUCAUAUACAAGUAUAAGCGAAAAAGAUGGAAUUAUUCCCAUUACAGGCAGUUCAGAGGAUUUGAUCCAACUGGACAGGGAACCACAUGCCCUGGUUGGUUCAGAAAGUGAUGUAAAGCCGUCUUUGUUGGACUGCAUAAAUCAUGUUCCUUGUCCUAAGCAUUAUGAUAAUGUGAAAGUAAUUAGUAGAGAUGAUGACGAAAACUCAGUUCUGUGCACUCAACACAUCACCAUAUCAAAGUCCUAUACGCCAACGGCAGAUGGGCAAAUGAAGCCAAUGUACUGCAAUGGGACAAAUCGUCAUAUGGAUGAAAGAUCACAGAAUAUCUAUCCUUUCAAGAAGAGGAAAUUCUUUAGUCAAAACCCAGCAUGCUCAUCUGAUGGAGGAGAUAAUCACUCCACAGCAAUUGGAGCAUCAUCCUCAGUAGCAGGUCAAGUACCACCUGAGUCCAAGGGUUGUAAUGUGAAGCUUAGCAUAAAAUCUUUCAAGGUCCCAGAACUCUUCAUAGAGAUUCCUGCAACUGCAACCGUUGGUUCACUGAAGAGGACAGUUAUGGAGGCAGUGACUACUAUACUUGGAGACGGACUGCAUGUUGGCAUCAUGCUUCAGGGAAAGAAGGUCAAAGAUGACAACAAAACCCUACUUCAGACUGGGAUAUCUCAAGAUCGGAAGCGUCAUAGUUUGGGUUUUAUAUUGGAGCCCAGACAUGCACAAAUCACCCCACCUGCAUGCACGGAAGACCAAUCUUGGCUAUCUGGUUGCACACCUCAGGACUUAUCCAAGCAUUCUGCACCGUUGACACUACAACCUGGUAUAUCUUAUGUCUCCCCAAAUACUCUGUUGUUGAAUUUGGGUAGAUUUCCUGAAAGUAAUAUGAGCAUAGUUCCCUCUCUUGCUGAUAGUUCAACUGCCACUGACAUGCCAGAGACCCAGGCAAUGGCUGCAGUUCCAUCGAUCAGUAUGGAGGCAUUGGCUAUGGUUCCCUUUUGUAGGAAAUCAAAUCCUGAAUUUGUACAGAGGCGAAUCAGGAGACCAUUCUCUGCUUCAGAAGUAGAAGCAUUGGUUCAGGCAGUUGAAAAACUUGGAACUGGAAGGUGGCGUGAUGUUAAAUUGUGUGUUUUUGACAGUGAAAAGCAUCGCACUUAUGUUGAUUUGAAGGAUAAAUGGAAGACAUUGGUGCACACAGCAAGAAUCUCCCCUCAGCAAAGGAGGGGAGAACCUGUUCCGCAGGAGCUUUUAGAUAGGGUCCUAGCUGCCCAUGCCUACUGGUGCGAGCAUAGAGCUCGACCUAGAAAGCUAGGCGAGAGAUGUAUUCCAUCGCACUAG